GAAGUAAUACUUGCUGUAUGUCUCAAUACUCUUCCCAGGUCAAUAACAUAGAAGAGGGUUUUCAAAUUCUAGUCAGAGCUACCGAAAUAGCUUCAGAGUUUCUCAAAUUGGCUCAGGAAGAUAGACGUCUGAAGUUGAAUUUUCUAUUAUCUGCUGAAGCUUCUUGCACUCAAGCACAUUCGAAGAAGACCACUUGUCCUUUGUCAACCUUUGAUAGCGCUGAAAUAACAGCAGGAAAUGGUUUUUAUGGGAGGGCCGAUUCUGUUCCAGUUCAAGAGCUGGAAAAUAGCGUUUUCGAGUGCUGUACUCGUGUUUACAACUCGAACCAACCAGAUAUACAAACGAAGAAAGACUAUUCUAUGCAUCAUUACUGUGAACCGGUCAACACCAAUAGCUUUAAGCAAGUGAAAGUUGAAAGGAACAGACUGUUACCCUUACAGACUACCACUACCACGUAUUGUGCAAGUGGUAUGAACAGCAGUGGUUGUAAUAGCAGCUUAGAAUAUAGGACAGGAAAGAAAGCAGUGCAUUGUUUUUCAGAGCUAUCCUCAGCAAAUAGUUUUAUGUCUCUCGAUGGAAGCUCGAGACAGACUAUAUCGCGUCGAGGUAGGAGAAGAAACAAUCCAUCACUAUCCGAAGAACAACGUAGAAAGCUAAGGACACUAAAAAAUCGCGAGGCUGCAGAAAAAGCACGUAUUCGUAAAAGGGAGAGGGAACGUCUUCUUGAAGAACAUUUGAAUAGAGUUUUGAAUGAAAACAGACGACUUGAAAAAGAACUUUUAUGGCUAAAAGAAGUUCGAGCUUCUUCUUGUCUAUAGGAUCAAGAUAUGGAGUGUACAAAGGCUUAAUUUAGAUACAUGAAUUGAUUAGGUAAAAAUGUUUUGUGUGAACAAAUGAUUGGAAGUGUUAUCAAUUUGGAUCCAUUUGUAUAAAGUUCUCUUUUCUUUG